CUCUCUCCCGUCCCCAUCUUCAUCUUCAUCACAUCCCUUCUUUAAAGACUCAUAAUCUUCAAGAUACCAAACACCGCAAUCAUGUCUGUCCCCGCCUUCUCCGACAUUGCCAAGCCGGCCAACGAUCUCCUCAACAAGGAUUUCUACCACCUCUCUGCCACCACCUUCGAGUUCAAGGACACCGCCCCCAAUGGCGUUGCCUUCAAGGUCACUGGCAAGUCCAGCCAUGAGAAGGCCACCUCUGCUGCUAUUGAGGGAAAAUACACCGACAAGCCUACCGGCCUGACCCUUACCCAGACCUGGAACACCGCCAACGCUCUCGACACCAAGAUCGAGGUCGCCGACUCCCUCGCCAAGGGUCUCAAGCUUGAGGGUCUCUUCAACUUCCUCCCUGCCACCGCCGCUAAGGGUGCCAAGUUCAACCUCCACUUCAAGCAGCCCGGUUUCCACGGCCGUGCUUUCUUCGAUCUCCUCAAGGGCCCCGUCGCCAACGUCGAUGCCGUUGUCGGCCACGAGGGUUUCCUGGCUGGUGCUUCCGCUGGCUACGAUGCUAACAAGGCUGCUCUGACUGCUUACAGCGCCGCUGUUGGCUACGCUGCUCCCCAGUACAGCGCUGCCAUUACCGCUUCUGACAACCUCAGCGUCUUCGCUGCUUCUUACUACCACAAGGUCAACUCCCAGGUUGAGGCUGGUGCCAAGGCUACCUGGAACUCCAAGACCGGCAACGCUGUCGGUCUUGAGGUCGCCAGCAAGUACCGCAUCGACCCCGUCUCUUUCACCAAGGUCAAGAUCAACGACCGCGGUAUUGCUGCCCUUGCUUACAACGUUCUCCUCCGUGAGGGUGUCACCCUGGGUCUCGGUGGCUCUUUCGACACCCAGAAGCUCGACCAGGCUACCCACAAGCUCGGUGCCAGCUUCACCUUCGAGGGUUAAACUGCUUCUAAAAAAUGCCUCUAUUCAGCUUCUAGCAUAAAUUUGCGCUAGAAUAUUCCGCUCUAGAGUUGUCCCACCCUAAACAGCUCAUGUACCUUACAGGCUUGCAUUGCGGUGGUCCUUAAGGAUGUAGAUUAUCUCAAAUAAAAAAUCCCGAAGAUCUUUGCCAUGUCUUGAUGCCUCUUUAUGUCCGUGAAGCCUCUCUCUAGAUAUUUGCGCAGGGCGCUCCGCCCUGCCCAUGAAGAACUCAUCGCCCAUCAGUCGUGAAACUUCAGUACUGCCGUUUAAACGUCUUUCAUACCAUAUAUCCUUUCUACUGGCGCUCUAAAAGAAAAAUACCAGGUUCCGGCUGUUUCCCCACCUUAAUCUAAACUUUCUCCUUCUUUUGCUGUCCAAUGCUCAUGAAUUGAAUAUAUAUGAGAGGGGCCAAUAUCGUCGUUGCCAGAAUGCCCGAUAUAAUGAUGAAAUGUCCAGUGAUGGACGUUUGCGGCUCGAAUUCGACAUCGUCAUCACCCAUAGCUCGCUUCUGCCAUCGACUUUUACGCCGCUCGUCCUCCCGUUGAUGUGUUCGCGUAUGGCCUGCUUUGUCAAAGUGAGGGACAUCGUUCUGGUGUCCAAAAGGGUCGCCGCCUGGUCCCAUUCCUCCAUGAGCAGAAGCCUCAGGUUUAAAAGGGUCACCCCAGGGACUCUGGUUACGACUGUGUGAUGCUCCUUGUUCUUGCGACGAUGCGCCGCCACCGGUGCUCUCUUCAUGCGCCUUGCGACGUUUGUCCGCCUGGUCUCCCCAGCCUCCGCUGCGGUAGAAACUAGGUGGCGGGCCGCGAAAGGUACCUCUCCUGCGGCUUAGACCUGAAGGUGCGCGUCCGCCAGCCUGGUGGGAAUGGUAAGAACCACGCUGAGUGGCCGUUUGUGGUGGGUGAUGGUGCAGACGCAGGACAUCACGAUCGUAGGCCG